GUAUAGCGAAACUUAAACUCUGCCUUGCGAUUUUUUUUUAAAAAUUUUGACUGUGUAGGGGUUCGAACCUGGAACCCAUGGGUUUUAGCCGAAGGGCAAAAUUUAAAGACCACCCCAAAAGAAUGGCAAUUCUGCUAAUUGCUGCACCAACUUCUUGUUGCAAUGCAGGUGUAAUGUUGGGCCUUGUGCUACCAACUAUGAAUCAACUAAUGAUACUAUUUUGGGCCAAAAGUGACCCAAUAUCAUGAGAUUAUUUGGUUGGUGGAUAGGACAGAUAGGGCUAUCAAUUUCUUUUUUUAACUUAAUUGGGUACGUAGUGUCAAUUAAGGCUUAAAAUAUGCUAACACGUUUUGGGUUUAAAAUAUGUCAAUAAUACUAUAUAGUACUUGUAGCAAGACGUCAAAUUUCUCAAGGAUAUCCCAUGAAAUUAUUUUAUCUCACCUUCUAUAUGGAUAAUUUAUCCCACUAUUUAUACUAAAAUGAUGGGACAAAAUAAUCCUAGGACUAAAUAACACUCAUUACCAAACGUAGGAUAAAAUAAUCCCAUGGUAUAUCCUAAAAUUGUUAUCCUUAUCUCACCAACCAAACACCGCUAAGCCCUCAAGUGGUGGCGUAAUGAAAUUGGUGGUAUAGAGUCAAAUCUUAAUAAGUAUCCUUAAAUAUAUUUACCAAAAUUAAUUUUUGCGUUACACGAGCAUUUCGUAUUAAUUAAUAAAAACUUUUUAAAAACCACAUAUAUAUUACUAAACUUAUGUGGAGGUAUAAAACUAAAUUAAAAGGAAAAAAUGCAAACAAGAUAAUAAAAGGUUUCCAAUUGCAUGGAUUUGGGUCCAACCAACCUAGUUCCAUAGGCGUGUUUAGGCUUUUCUUUAAAGUCAACGCAUCAUCUUCUGCAGAAUCCGUGAUUUUUGUAGCACAAAAACAAAAAAGUUGAACCAAACUAGCGCAGAAAAAAAAAAACAUUACUAGGUUUCACGCGCUAAAUUCGUGUGUGAAAGGACCAAAUUGCAAAAAUGCAACUUCAGCCUUUCACGCACGAAUUUAGUGCGUGAAGGAGGGCAACAAAAAGCCACCCCCUCCUUCCCCACCACAGACCCGACAGUGACACCCCCACCCGCCAUUAACGAUGAUUUCGCGUGGUCCCCAACCCCCAAAACGCUAUUUUCUUGUUGUUUUUCAAUCCAAAACUCAAUAUUCUUGGUAUAUUGAAGUGUAGGAACAAGUUUCUAAGGUUAGAUUUUGGAAUAGAGCGGCGCAGAGAUCAUUUUGAAAAUUCAAAAAAACCUUCAAUCUAGGUAUUUCACUACGAAGUUUUUAUUAAAUUGCUAAAUAUAUUAUUACCCUAAGCAUGGUCAUUGUGUAACUAUGGUGGAUUGCCCGUUUUGCGCAUUUUUUUUGUCCGUUUUUGGGCAGUCCGUAUGCACUGUUGGGACUGCCCUUUUUUUUUUUUUUUUUUUAAUUUGUUUGUGUAUUGUUAAUUAGUUAAUUAUUUAUUAAUUGUUUAUUUAGUAUUUGUUAAUUGUUCGAUUAGCGACUUAAGUAUUUAUUAAUUGUUAGACUAGCUAAUUAUUUAUUGAGUUUUUGUUAAGCCAAUUGUUUAUUUGCUAAUAAUUUCUUAAUUGUUUCAUUAGUUAAUUAAUUGUUUAUUUGUUAAAUAUAUGAUAAUAAUUUAUUAAUUUUUUGAUUAGUUACUUAAUUGUUUAUUUCUUAAAUAUAUGAUAAUAACUUGUUAAUUAUUUGAUUAGUUAGUUAAUUGUUUGUUUAUUAAUUAUUUAUACUAAUUGUAUGCUAACUAAUUGUUAAUUAUUUGACUUAUUAAUUUUUAAUCUUUAUAUUUUAGGAUUGAAAACCCUUAGUUUAGGAUUCUUUUUUUUUUUUCCCCUCCCAUUUUAGGAGGAUUUAUAGUGUUUCCACACUUCCCCUCCGGUGUGACUCGAACCCAGGACCUACCGGUCGUGGGUGGAGGUGCUUAACCACUGAGCCAUCCCUCACUUGUCUAGUUUAGGAUUCAUAACCCGUAGCUUAGGAUUGAAAACCCUUAAUAUAAUUUUCGAUAAAAGAUUACAUAACUAAUAUUACUUGUUAAUGAUUUAUUUAAAAUACGUAAAACAGAUGGCUCACCACAAUCCUUAAUAAAAUUUUCGAUAAAAGACUACAUAACUAAUAUCACUUGUUAAUGAUUGAUUUAAAAUACAUAAAACAGAUGGGUCACCACAAUCCUUAAUAAAAAUUUUGCUAAAAGAUUGCAUAACUAUUAACUAAUACUACUUGUUAAUGAUUGAUUUAAAAUGCGUAAAACGGAUGGAUCACCACCCUCUUGAUCCGGGGCCCUUCGACCGAGAGUUACUGUAUCUUCAGCCCAAGCAUAGGUCGCAAUAUAUAUGGACAUUCGACCUGCAGCCUGAGUCUCAUGUCCGUACCCGGUUAGGGGACUCAGCAUGGGAGAUCUUAACUGCUCGCCCCCCACAUCCUCGUGUCCUGGAUAUACUACGUCGUGGCGGUAUCUACCGGUGCGUCGAAGUUGGUCGGGUACAACACGAUAGGUCGCUAGUGACGGCAUUGAUUGAGAGGUGGCGACCGGAGACGCACACAUUUCAUCUCCGCACCGGUGAGGCUACCAUUACUCUUCAGGAUGUGGAGGUCAUUUAUGGGCUACAGGUUGAUGGACGCCCAUUGUAUAUUGAGGAGCCUCCUGUGCUGCCGCCUUACCGGGAUGAAUUGACUAGGCUCACCGGUUUCGCGGCUCUGAAUGGUCACAUUUCCGGCCAGAGUCGGCUUUUGUUAUCGGCCCUUUACGCUCACUUGCGCCUCACAGACAUGCAGCAUCCGAUUGGAGAGGACACGCCUCAGGCUGAUGUUGACCGACGCGCGCGUCUAUACCUACUCAUCAUAUUCGGGACCAUCUUGUUCCCGAACACUUCGGGUUCGCAUUUGAGUAUCACGCGCCCGACCGCGUGUUACGGCAGUUUGGGUAUGUACAGAAUAUAUCCGCUGCGACGGUUUGGGAGCAUAACCACUAUGCGAGGGACGAGCGUGCGGCCGUCGAUGAUGUUUAGCGACUCUAUAUGCAGCAGCAGGUCCAGAGUUGGGAUGUGAGGAUGACGAGUCUAGCGGUAGUCGGACAUGACACUUCAAUCCAUAUGUACAUUGAGUGGUACAUGCGGAUCACUCGCAUCAUUAUUGGCAACCCCUCUAGGUGUCGUCCGGAUGGCCUAGGAUAUGUAGCUCUCGCAGGAGCGUUCGAGGCGCUGGUACGGACCGUCCAGACGAUGCGCUAUGAGAGCACUGCCCGUACGAAGGCCCCCGAGACGGCGGAGUAUGCAGCACGGAUGAUUGAGCUUGCCGAGACUGGUAUGAGACAGGCACAUGACUUUGAGCGUCUCCAUGAGCGUGUUCCCGCUGCCCCACCUGGGGCAGCAGAUGGUCCUGGUCGCCGAGGAGUUGGUGGCCGUCGUAGAGGUGGUAGGGCUGGCAGAGGUGUCGAGGCUCCGUCGACUUUAGAGAUCCCGCCGAGUUCUUACCAGCUGGCGACUACAGAUAUCCCAUUGACUUCUCAUUCCCGGCCGUCGACUUCACAGACACCUCUGUAUGCACCGGGCCCCACUGAAGAGACCGUUGAGGAGUCAGCUCAGGAGCCCUUUCACCAGGCAUCUCAGGAGGUCGUCGACACACAGGUUCAUUCCUCUGCGCCUGUGGACCCAUCUCCUGAUGAGAUUGACGAGGAGCCAUGUUAUGAACCGGCCCCACCGCCCACCGUCAUUUCCCAUAGAAAGCAUGUUAUGAACUGGGGUCCGGGUCGAAAGAAGGGAAGGAAGGGAAGCAAGGAUGAUCAUGCCAUAGAGCAUGUACAGAUUAAGAGGAGGAAGGGGGAUGGAGAUGAUGGUGGUGGUGGUGGGGUUAGCCUUAGGCCUAGCCGAACUCUAAAGGCUCCCAUUUGUGGGACCUGAG